GGGUUUGAGUUUGUUUUGUUUUUUACAUGAGUUGCAUGAAUAGCCCUGUCUUAGGUUAGCAAGUUGGUCCUGUGACAAUUCACAGAACAGAAACAAUCAGGUUCUGCAAGGAGCCCACGCAGUUGAGAGUACUGCAAGACUUCUACUUCAUCCACAAGCAACCAUGGGAGAAUGUACUGAUGCACACCAGCUCAAGGAGAAACUGGUUCAGCUGAGAUGUCACUUCACAUGGGAGCUGGUGGUUGAAGACUCUGCAGUACCUGACUUAGAAAAAAGAAUCUGGGAGGAGAUUGAGUUCCUAGACACCAAAUACAACGUGGGAAUACACAACCUCCUGGCCUACGUGAAACACUUGCAAGGUCGGAAUGAGGAAGCCUUGCAGAGCUUGAAAGAAGCUGAGGACCUGAUCCAGAAAGAGCACGCUGACCUGUCAGACAUAGGCAGUCUGGUUACCUGGGGCAACUAUGCCUGGCUGUAUUACCACAUGGGCAGGCUAGAGGAAGCCCAGACUUACCUGGACAAGGUAGAGAACACUUGCCAGAAGUUUGCAAGCAUGUUUUGCUAUAGGAUGGAGUGUCCUGAGAUGGACUGUGCAGAAGGCUGGGCCUUGCUCAAGUGUGGAAGACAGAACUAUGAACAGGCCAGGUACUGCUUUGCAAAAGCUCUGAAAGUGGAGCCGGAAAACCCUGAGUUCAAUACUGGAUAUGCCAUCGCUCUCUAUCGCCUGGAUUCUGAUCACAAUGCUAUUUCUCUAAAUCCCCUACAGCAGGCUGUUAGGCUAAAUCCAUCAGAUACAUACAUUAAGGUCCUUCUUGCCCUGAAGCUUCAGGAUGUGAAACGAGAAGAUGAAGGAGAAAUAUAUAUUGAAGAAGCUCUUAGCACCUCAACUUCCCUGGUAUACAUCCUUCGAUAUGCAGGCAAGUUUUACAGAAGAAAAGGCUGUAUGCAGAGAGCCCUUCAGCUCCUUGAAAGAGCUUUGCAGGAAUCACCCACCUCUGCCUUUGUGCACCACCAGAUAGGGCUGUGCUACAGGGCACAAGUGCUCCAAAUCAAUAAUGCUACACGUACACAGCCUAGAGGGCAGGAGAGAGAAAAGUUGGAGAAUAUGAUCGGAUUAGCCAUAUUUCAUUUCAAGAGUGCUCUUGAACAAAAGCACCCAUUUGAGGUUGUUUUUUUACACCUGGCACAUAUGUAUGUUGCAGCAAAAAAUUACAGAAAAGCUGAACACAGUUUUCAAGAAUUUUUAUUAACAAAACCACAGGAGAAGAACAUAUUACAAGAUGGACAUUUCUACUAUGCUCGAUUUUUGGAAUUUCAGAAGAAAUCUGAAGUGGAUGCAAUUAGGCAUUACUUAAAAGCAAUAGAAGUAAAAUACAUAUCCCCUGUGAGAGAGAAAAGCAUUUUCUCUUUGGAGAAAUUGGCUUUAAGGAGACUCCGAAGAAAUGAGGUUGACCUGGAAGGUUUAAGUCUUCUUGGGUUAGUCUACAAAUUGAAGGGAAAAAUCCAUGAAGCUCUAGAGUAUUAUGAGCAAGCUCUGAGCCUGGCUGCUGCCUCUAACAAGGCUGUGAAAUAUAUUGAGUGAUAUAGCACCAGUCAUUUCAGCAUUUCAGUUGCUUUUAUUUUAACAUGUACUAACCCUCUGUUCUGAGUUCUGAUAGUUCAGAAACAUUAAAUUCACUUAAUGUUAUGAUUGCUGAACAAGUAAUCAAAUCUGAUUAUAAAUAAUAGUAAAUAUACUUAUGUCUUAUGCUAACCUAACAGCACCUCUCUGUUCCAUAUUUGUCAACCUUGGAAGAUAUUUCUAUACUUCUCAGUAAUGCAAGUGGCUCAGUGAUGUAUAAGCGUGGGAUACUUCAGGUGUUUACAGAAAGAAA